UGAUUCUAACCACACCUACCUAGCAGACGUGUCGCCGAAUGUAACCACAACGAAACUGGAUUUUCAUACUCAAUUCUGAACGCUCACCGCAUGGCCAGUAAUUUAGAAAAGGUUUAGUCAAAUGGAUAAUUUAUCUGUCCAUAGUUUUUCGGGAAUAAAACGAUAGGUAUUUGAGAUGAGCGAUACGGAAGGAGAAGACGGCGGCGAAAUGUCAAAGACAGAGAAAGAUCAGAGCUGGAUACCCAAAAUUAUCAAGAAACGAGUGUGCACAACUUUCGUAGAGGAUUCUUUCAGUAAUGGCAGGCUGUGUCAGUGUGGGGGUACGCGGGACACCCAUGAGUCAGUCGCUCUGGGGGACUAUUUCAGCACAGCCAUCGUCAGCCACUGGGACAGCUCCCAGCAUUCCUCCGAGUACCCCACCGACGCCUUCGGAGAGCUGGAGUUCGCCGGUGCCAGCAAGAGACACAGCAAAUUCCUGCGUCUCUCGUGGGACACCCCUCCUUCCAUCGUCUACACCCUGAUGACGGCCCACUGGGGGCUACCUCCGCCCAACCUGGUGGUGUCAGUGGUGAGCGGGGAGGGGAGAGCAAAGGUCAAGACAUGGGUACGGGAGGUCCUGAGGCAGGGAUUGGUCAAAGCCUCCCAGAGCACAGGAGCGUGGAUACUGACUGGAGGCCUGCGUGAGGGUGUAGGGAGGUGUGUAGGGGAAGCGGUAAGGGACCAUGCCACCGCUGCCUCAUCUGUCUCCCUGAACAAGGUGGUGGCUCUGGGCAUCGCUCCCUGGGGCCUGGUCCACAACCGCCAGCAGCUGGUCAAUCCGCAGGGUAGCUUCCCUGCUAGGUACUACUUCCAGAACACGUCCCGUGACUCAUGUUGCCUGGACAACAACUACCAGGCCUUUCUUCUGGUGGAUGAUGGGAGUGUAGGCCGCAGAGGGGGCGAGGCAGGCUUCAGGGCCCGGCUGGAGGACUAUAUUUCCCAUCAGCGCACAGGCAUCUGGGGCAGUGGAAGCAUUGACAUCCCCGUCCUGUGCAUGCUGAUAUCAGGAGAGACAACCAUGCUGGAGCGGUUGGAUCUCUCUCUGAGGAACUCCAUGCCCUGGCUGGUGCUGGCGGGGUCGGGUGGUGUGGCCGACCUCGUCAGUGACGUCCUGGAGAGCCUAUCGUCUGCGCCCCCUGUCCUGUCCUCCACCGAGGGGGAGGGGGAGGCGGGACCUAGUGUGGACCUUAAAGACAGAGUGGCCGAGAGGGUUAGGAAGCACUUUCCAUCCGAAACAGAGAUAGACAAACUGGUAGAACGGGUUCUGAGCAUCUACCUGAACAGGGAUCUGAUCACUGUCUACCACGGAGAGCAGGAGGGACCAGAUGACUUUGACACGGUCUUGCUCAAAGCCUUGGUUAGAGCGAGUAAGCAGCGUGUGUCAAGUGAAGCCAGCCCCUACACUGAGGAGCUGAAGCUGGCGGUUACCUGGAACAGAGUGGACAUCGCCAAGAGUGAGCUCUUCAAUGGAGACAUCCACUGGAGGGAAGAAAUAGAAGCGGCUAAAGCGGAGAGGCGCAGCGCCGCCAGUGCUCCCCGUCUGCCCAGCGCCGCCAGUGCUCCCAGUCUGCCCAUUGCCGACAGUGCUCCCAGUCUGCCCAGCGCCGCCAGUGAUCCCAGUCUGCCCAUUGCCGACAGUGCUCCCAGUCUGCCCAGCGCCGCCAGUGAUCCCAGUCUGCCCAGCGCCGCCAGUGCUCCCAGUCUGCCCAGCGCCGCCAGUGCUCCCAGUCUGCCCAGCGUCACCAGUAUGCCCAGCAUCGCCAGUCUGCCCAGCGUCGCCAGUCUGCCCAGCGUCGCCAGUCUGCCCAGCGCCGCCAUGGAGAUUGACACACCAGAAAGAUUCAGAGCCACGGCGGACAUCAUCAUUAAUCUCCUCAACACCAACGACAACGCUCCCAAGUUCUUCUCCGAUUACUUCCAGAAUUCCCGAAAACUCUCUGGCGGCUCCAAUGUUGAUUCUGUGACGUCUCGUCCCAGUCCCACUCUAUCCCGUCUAAAAAUACAUCCCAAAGCCCAUGUACGUCAUUCACUCGACAUGUAG